GUAGCAGGGAGAUGUUGAACUUCCACACAGAAUCCAAGUCGGUAGUUGAGUCCUCCUGCUGAAGGCACCGAAAAAUUCAGUGAUCAACGGAUCUGUCGAAAUCCCGAGAAAUACUUGAAGAGUGAGAAAUGGAAUCGAUAAUCCGUGGCUGUCAGCGAAUGGGGCUUGUCCUGAAGACUGGAACAAGAAUAAUGAAUGUGACAGUGAGACAAGCCUCAGUGGCUGCAAAAUGGAAAACGAUGGAAGGACUCAACGGUGCAAAAAUAUUCACAUCGCCCUACGGUGAUGUUGAUAUUCCAUCAACAACAAUGCCAGAAUUCAUCUGGCAAAACGUCAACAAAUGGCCAACACGAGUUGCUCUGGAAUGCGGUGUAACAGGUCGAAAAUUGACGUACGCAGAGGCUCGAGACAGUGCAAAUUACGUUGCAAGGAGUCUCAGGAAUAUGGGACUCCAGGAUGGCGAUAUCGUAGUGAUAAUUCUUCCCAAUUUGCCAGAGAGUCCGAUUGCAUUGCUGGGAACAAUGGAGGCUGGACUCAUACCAACAUCUGUCAAUCCAAUCGAAACAGUGGAUGAAAUCGCUAGACGAAUUCAACUAUUAGGUGCUAAAGCUGUCAUCACGUCCAGUGGCAUUGCCCCCAAUGCUGUGGCUGCUGGAAAUGCAACACUCCCACACAAUUCUCCAAUCAUCGUUGUUGAGGAUGGAGUUAGACCUUUGCCUGAUGGGACAAUACCAUUCAAAGAUCUCUUGACGAGGGGGAAGACACUACCGGAUGUUCCCAAGAAUAAUCGUACACCCGAUGAUAUCUGUGUCUUGCCUUAUUCCAGUGGAACCACAGGACUCCCUAAAGGUGUCAUGUUGAGCCAUAGAAAUCUCAUUUCUAAUAUACUUAUGAAUAAUCAAAGCACAAUGAUGGAUAAUGACAUUCACGAUGUGAUACCCGUAGUUCUACCGCUGUUCCACAUUUAUGGAAUGAACAAUAUUCUGCACACGAAAAUGAUUCACGGGGCACAUUUCAUUACUUUACCAGUUUUCACAGCUGAAAAUUAUAUCAAUGUCCUUACGAAACAUCCAUGUACUCUGAUAUUCUGCGUUCCACCGAUUCUGUUGUUCUUGGGAGGUACGCAAUUGUUGCAAAAGGAACACCUGAAAAAUGUGAGAGCUAUAGUGAAUGGUGCAGCCGCCGUAGGUGGAACAGAUGUAGCCAGAGUCUACGAUAAAUUUGCGCUUGAUAACGAAUCUGCGAAAUUUAUCCAGGGAUAUGGACUCACUGAGUGCGCGGGUGCUGGUUUUCUCCAGGCGAUUAAUAAUCAAUUCGCUAGCAUUGGUCAUCCCUGCGCCAGCGCUGAGGCAAGAUUGGUUGAUUCGAUUACAGGGGAGGACAUACAGACUCCAGGUCAAACUGGAGAAAUCUGGAUAAGAGGUCCCCACGUCAUGAAGGGAUACUACGAGAAUGAAAAGGCUACGAAUGAGACGUUUCACGAUGGGUGGCUCAAAACUGGUGAUAUUGCUUACUAUAAUGAUGAAUUUGCGUUUUAUAUCACUGAUAGAUUGAAAGAACUUAUCAAAGUCAAGGGCUUCCAGGUUCCACCUGCGGAAUUGGAAGCCAUCCUUAGGACGCAUCCUGCUAUCAGUGAUGCAGCUGUUAUCGGUACACCUGAUCCGAGAUGUGGAGAAGUUCCAAAGGCAUUCAUUGUCCUGAAGAAGGGCCACACGGCGACUGCAGAAGAAGUGCAAAAUUUUAUCCGAGGGAAAGUCGCGGAGUACAAGCAAAUUACUGGGGGAGUUGUGUUCAUUGACGAAAUUCCCAGAAAUGCAGGAGGGAAAAUUCUAAGGAUGAACUUGAAGAAUUUUUGUCGUGGCCAGUAAAUCGACAAUCAUUAAUUCCGGAGAAUCAUUCGGAAUUUUUAUGACUAGAUGACUGGGACUUUAAUGAGUAGGGGGACUUACAGGCAGCACAGGGUGUAUGAUAUAAUGGAAUGGACUGAUCACAUUUUGUGAGUUAUUUGACUAUUAAACCUGUUGAUAGGCUCGUGGAAUUUGUAAUGCAAAUUGUUGACGUCAAGUUUAAAAAAUGAUACCUUUCACUGUCGGACGUGUGCCUUGAAUUAUCAUUCGUGAUUAAAAAAAUGAGAGAUGAGGAUUGAAAAUUGGUUUAAGGUAGUAAUGUUUAAUUUUAUACUCAGAUAUUAGAAUAAAUUGUAACAAUAAAAACGAUUUUAUAGGGAUGAUCUGUGUUUUGAACUGAAAUUUUGAUCUCAGCCAGGAGACAAGGCCAGAAGUUGAUAUUUUCGUUUUUCCCAUUUUUCUCGAUAGAUUGAUUUGAUUUAGUGAAUUGGGAAAAUGAAAUGUCUACAAUUGCAAUUCGAAUGGAUGUUUCAAUGAAAAAGUCACUCCACAAAAAGUUAAACAUCUUAUUUAUUAAUCUCUUGUAUGUAGUCAUAAAAUAUAUAUUUUUAUCCACAAAAUAAUUUGAAAUUGUCUCAUUUAAAAUAGUCAAACGAAAAAAUCGCAAUCAUACCCGAGGCGAUAACGAUCUCCUCAAUUAAUUCUAAAAAUAAAGAAAUUUUAAAAUUCGUUCGACUAAUUUUCUAAAACUUCAACAGCCAGCGAAAGGCACUCCCGAAAAUACCUGAGUAAUUCACGAAUUAUCUAUUUACAUAUUCUACAUCACAAUGACUACUUCAAC